AUGCCUUGGUUUCCCGUUGAAUCUGAAAAUCCGACGGGAUGGAGAAUCCAGUAUAUGGGGCUGGUGACUUGCCUAGGUGCAUUUGCCGUUGACAAGCACGCCAAUGCCAUGGUCAGCUCGCCCUUUCUCUAUCUACCCCGAAUUAUUCCUGGGGCUUGGGUUUUCCCCAAGUGUGGUUUGUCUCGUUUCCAAUACAGGGCCAACCCUACUCUUCGAGCUGCAGCCUGCGAAGCACGAUCGGAGUUUCCGUUUGUUGGCCGAUUACCGCAUCAGCUUCACGUAAUCGUUCCGGAGAUGAAGGACAAGAAAAGCUUUGUCCCUCUAUCAAUCCAUCGAUGGUCCAUCCGGAAAGAUGGCUCAGCUAUUCUUGGCCUGGCUCUUAGUUCCAUUCACACGAUUUUGAGCAGCCGAGCGAUUCGAAUCAGAGUCAGGCAUUAUCUCAUUCCUGAAUCAAAGCGAACGUUUGAGUUGGUUGUCAAGACCCCCGAAAAUGCUUUUUGGAUCAUUGUAUGUGACAAGCUUGCCUACAACGCCAUGGUCGAGGGGGCCAUUUUACUGCCCAUUGGUGAAGAUAGUCAGGAUAAUCGCUUCCUGUUACCAGACCUCAGACGGCCAAAACCUCCCCCUACCGGUGUUCUCUUGCUUAGUCUGUCUUUCAUAAUGUUCUGUAAUUCGACCUUCAUUUGUCAAGUACUGAUAACUUCCGCUUACAUUUUCCUUACUGCUCUGUAUUCUGUUAUCAUGCCGUUAGGGGUCUGUCCUGGCGAGCUGAAAGUCGCUACAGAGUACGAUAGUCUCUCUCCCACAUCCCACUUACCGAAGCCUGAGGAAAGAUAUACAGAAAGGAUUCCGACGAUUGCGAGGACAGUCUGGUAUUUAAUCAAGCUUACAAAUUCGACAACGUGGGUGCGAGACAUUCAAGCUAUUCCGGAAAACCCUCGUUGGGAUCAAUGGCUAGAGGAAGCACGCAAAAACAUUGACUCUCCUGAUUGGCCUGCAGAGGGAGAGAAAAGGCGACUUGUUGACGACGAGGAGAAUGUUUACAUUUCGCAGGAAUUAGUACAAGGAAGUACCAAUGAGGAGGUGCUGAGUAUUACUCCAGUGCAUGAGUCGCAGUGGUAA